AUGUCGGAUAUAAAAAUAGUAGCAGCGAGUAUUGUAAACUUUUUAAAACGACAGCUAGAAGGUGACUCGCUCAGCGUGGACUCGCGCGAGAGCGUCGAAGUCGGCGUGCAGUGCAUCGAGACUGCUUUUGAGCUGGGCCCUGAAGAUGCCGCUCGUGGUGUCGACCUGCUGCAGCUCGUUCGUGCGCAGGUGCGUCCUACGUCGCUCAAUGUUCCACCCACACGCUCUGAGGCUGAGAAGCUUAAAAAUGAAGGUAAUGAGUUCAUGAAGAGUGACCGCCAUCAAGAGGCAUUAGAGAAAUACACACGCGCCAUCGAACUGGACCCCACCAAUCCCGUUUACUUCUGUAACCGUGCUGCCGCACACUUUAAGCUCGGAGACAACGAAGGAGCUGUGGCCGACUGCACAGCUGCGCUGACCCUGCAGCCGGACUACAGCAAGGCGCACAGCCGCCUCGGCCUGGCGCUCACGGCACUCGAGCGGCACCGCGAGGCGCGCGCAGCGUACGCCCGCGCCGUGCAACUGGAGCCUGAAAACGAGUCAUAUCGCCAGAAUCUGCGCCUCGCGGACGAACAGUUGGCGGCGCACGGCGAACGACCGCCAUUAGAUCUCGGUGGGCUCCUCCAGAACCCAGCUCUGUUAAAUAUGGCCACUGAAAUGCUGGCAGACCCCAACAUGCAGAACCUUAUUUCUGGGCUCAUGAGCGGCGCCGGCGGCGCAGGUGGCGGCGGUGGCCAAGCAGGCGGCGCGGGGGGCAUGUCCGCGCUGCUGGAGGCGGGGCAGGCGCUGGCUCAGCACAUGCAGGCUGCCAACCCCGAGCUGGUGGAGCAGUUGCGUCGCCAGGUGCGUCCACCCGGCCCCAAUCCCCCGCAGUGA